AUGUCAGCAAAAGCCAUUUCAGAGCAGACAGGGAAAGAGUUCCUCUACAAGUUCAUCUGCACUACAGCGGCUGUGCAGAAUCGCUUUCGGUAUGCCAGUGUCACCUCUGAUACUGACUGGGACCGCCUCACACAGGAGCAUCAAUGGCUGCUUAGUGAGCGGCUGGUUGUGAAACCAGACCAGCUGAUCAAGCGGCGCGGGAAGCUUGGGCUGGUGGGCAUCAACUUGGACCUGCAGGGUGUCAGAGACUGGCUCAAACCCCGCUUCAUGAAAGAGACCACUGUGGGAAAAGCAAAGGGUGUCCUGAAGAACUUCCUUAUUGAGCCAUUUGUUCCACAUGCACAGGAGGAGGAGUUCUAUGUUUGCAUCUACGCCACGCGUGAGGGCGACCAUGUGCUUUUCCAUCAUGAGGGAGGAGUGGAUGUGGGUGAUGUGGACGCCAAAGCCCAUAGGCUGCUGGUCGCCGUGGGUGACAAGCUGAGCGAGGACCAAGUCACAGAGCAGCUCCUCACACAUGUCCCUGAUGAUAAGAAAGAAGUCUUGGCCAGUUUUAUAGUGGGUCUCUUCAACCUGUACGAGGACCUCUACUUCACCUACCUUGAGAUCAAUCCACUAGUGGUCACCAGUGAUGGAGUGUACAUCCUUGACAUGGCGGCCAAGAUUGAUGCCACAGCAGAUUAUAUCUGCAAGGCCAAAUGGGGUGAUGUUGAUUUCCCCCCACCCUUUGGUAGAGAAGCCUAUCCUGAGGAGGCCUACAUCGCAGACUUGGAUGCCAAGAGUGGUGCCAGUCUAAAGCUGACCCUGCUGAACCCUCGUGGCAGGAUCUGGACCAUGGUGGCCGGAGGGGGGGCCUCGGUAGUGUACAGUGACACCAUCUGCGACCUGGGUGGAGUGGAUGAGCUGGCCAACUACGGCGAGUACUCUGGAGCACCCAGUGAACAACAGACGUAUGAUUACGCAAAAACCAUCCUCUCCCUCAUGACCCGCGAGAAGCAUCCACAAGGGAAAGUGCUGAUCAUUGGAGGAAGUAUUGCCAACUUCACCAAUGUAGCUGCAACAUUCAAGGGCAUUGUUAGGGCCAUCAAAGACUACCAGGGUCCACUGAAGGAGCAUGAGGUCACCAUCUUUGUUCGGCGUGGUGGCCCAAACUACCAGGAGGGCCUGAGGGUGAUGGGGGAAGUAGGGAAGACUACAGGCAUCCCCAUCCAUGUGUUUGGUACAGAGACCCACAUGACAGCCAUUGUGGGCAUGGCUCUGGGACACCGACCAAUCCCCAACCAGCCUCCCAUGGAUGCACACACGGCCAACUUCCUCCUCAACGCCAGCAACAAUGCUAUGACUCCAGCUGCCACAAGGACAGCCUCGUUCUCUGAACACAGAGCAGCUAAUGAUGCCACUCCGGCCAAAAAGUCUAAAGCAGGUCUCCCAGCAGACUCUCUUCACCCUGUCCUGUGGCCCCUGAAGAAUGUGGUCACAGGGGAUUGGAAAGAAGCACAAGCCUCUUCAGGUUGCAGUGGAGCCAAAGCCACGACCCUGUUCAGCAGACACACCAAGGCCAUCGUCUGGGGCAUGCAGACACGUGCUGUGCAAGGCAUGCUGGACUUCGACUACGUGUGCUCACGGGACGAGCCUUCGGUGGCAGCCAUGGUCUACCCCUUUACUGGGGAUCAUAAGCAGAAGUUCUACUGGGGUCACAAGGAGAUCCUGUUGCCAGUCUACAAGAACAUGGCCGACGCCAUGAAGAAGCACACAGAGGUGGACGUUCUGAUUAGCUUUGCCUCACUGCGCUCAGCCUUUGACAGCACCAUGGAGACCAUGCAGUACCCACAGAUCCACACCAUUGCCAUCAUAGCUGAGGGUAUCCCUGAAGCCCAGACCAGGAAGAUGAUUAAAAUGGCAGAUGAGAAAGGCGUCACUAUCAUUGGCCCUGCUACGGUUGGUGGCAUCAAGCCAGGAUGUUUCAAGAUCGGCAAUACAGGUGGCAUGCUGGACAACAUCCUGGCAUCCAAGCUGUACCGGCCCGGUAGCGUGGCAUAUGUGUCACGCUCUGGGGGUAUGUCCAAUGAACUCAACAAUAUCAUCUCCCGCACCACUGAUGGUGUUUAUGAGGGCGUCGCCAUUGGAGGAGACAGGUAUCCAGGCUCCACAUUUAUGGACCAUGUGCUUCGUUACCAGGACACUCCAGGGGUUAAGAUGAUGGUGGUGCUGGGAGAGAUUGGCGGCACAGAUGAAUACAAGAUAUGCCAGGGCAUCAGCGAGGGCAGGAUAACCAAACCUGUGGUGGGCUGGUGUAUAGGAACGUGUGCCACCAUGUUCUCCUCUGAGGUUCAGUUUGGCCAUGCUGGGGCUUGUGCCAACCAGACAUCAGAGACAGCAGUGGCUAAGAACCAGGCCCUGAGGGACGCUGGAGCCUAUGUACCCAAGAGCUUUGAUGAGCUUGGCAGUGUCAUCAGCACAGUGUAUGAUGAACUGGUGGCCAAUGGUACCAUCGUUCCUGCUCAGGAGGUCCCACCCCCAACAGUGCCAAUGGAUUACUCUUGGGCCAGGGAGUUGGGUCUGAUCCGUAAGCCAGCAUCAUUCAUGACGAGCAUCUGUGACGAGCGAGGCCAGGAGCUAAUCUACGCCGGCAUGCCUAUUACUGAGGUCUUUAAGGAGGAGAUGGGUCUAGGAGGGGUGCUGGGUCUGCUCUGGUUCCAACGCAGGUUGCCACGCUAUGCCUGCCAGUUUAUUGAAAUGUGCCUGAUGGUGACUGCUGACCAUGGACCGGCAGUUUCUGGUGCCCACAACACGAUUGUCUGCGCCCGCGCUGGCAAGGACCUCAUCUCAAGCCUCACCUCUGGCCUGCUGACUAUUGGGGAUCGUUUUGGAGGAGCUCUAGAUGCAGCGGCCAAGCAGUUCAGCAAGGCAUUUGACAGCGGCAUGCUGCCCAUGGAGUUUGUCAACAAGAUGAAGAAGGAUGGCAAGCUGAUCAUGGGCAUCGGACACAGGGUCAAAUCAAUCAACAACCCAGACAUGCGAGUGCAGAUCCUAAAGGACUUUGUGAAGCAACAUUUCCCCGCCACUCAGCUGCUGGACUAUGCCCUUGAUGUAGAGAAGAUCACCACCUCCAAGAAACCCAAUCUGAUCCUCAACGUCGACGGCUUUAUUGGCGUUGCCUUUGUGGACCUGCUCAGAACGUGUGGUGGCUUCACACGAGAUGAAGCAGAUGAGUUUGUGGAGAUUGGUGCGCUGAAUGGGAUCUUUGUCCUUGGCCGGAGUAUGGGCUUCAUUGGCCAUUACCUGGACCAGAAGAGGCUGAAACAGGGUUUGUACCGCCACCCUUGGGAUGACAUCUCCUAUGUGCUUCCCGAGCACAUGUCCAUGUAAUCAUAACAUCACGCAGCAGAAUGCACUCCAGAUGGAACUGCCCGAAGCCGGCGGGCAGCGUCUCACCACCUCACUUUAUCCUUACUCAUGACAACAGCUGCCUUGAGAAAACUAGGCAGUACGAUUCUGGAAAGAGGAAAUAUUGGACGGUUGUGGUAUCUGGGUGGCAGGGGAGCACUAGUUUUAUGGAAAAAAGGGUAACCGUGUUUUUAGAUUUAGAUUUUUGACAAACUAUUUAAAUGGGUUGUAACUUAUUGUUUUGAACAAAGAGCCAAACCAAUGCAAAAUACAGCAACUGUAGCUGCACAAACUAGAUUGGUACUCAGAAAAAUGCACGCACAUCUGUUUCGCACAGUUGGUACGAGGGCAGGCUUGACAGCUUAUUUUUUUAUUACCCUUGUGUUACGGAGUCUGAUUGGGUAAUCUGCAGUAAUAGCUGCUGAUGGCAAUGUUUGUAGCUCAUGUUCAAGCUCGGCAAUACUGUAACUUGUCUCUCUCCCUCUCUCCUUUUAUAACUGUAUUAACCAGUGGUCUAAUAUUUUAUCAGCUUUGAAUUGUUUGGCCCUGAGAUUGUGCUCCAGUGCUCACUUUUGGGCAACUGUCUAUUGCACCUUAGCAUACACACUAGCAAUCUAUAGCUCAUUUUACUCUCUGGGCUUACUUCUCCAAAUAAAUUCCACUCCCACUGAGAGAACUGUGAUCAGCACAAGAUAAACCAAAGUAAAUUUUAGGAAUUAGUUAUUGUUGUUAAACUGAGUCCGGUGGUAGGCGGCACAGGGCUUAUCUGAAUCCCGUGUGUUUUUAAGAGGCAUUGGAGCUGAAAGGGAGAGAUGAAGCAAACACACGAGAUAACACAUACAUGAUAUGACUUUUAAAGUGUCACUUACCCACCACCUUUCCCUAUACAACCCUGAGUUCAAAACAGUGGUUGGAGUUCAUCAGUUCAAGUAGAUGCCAGAUUGAGGCAUUUAUGUUAACGUCUUUCACAUUCAAAGUUCUGGACUUAAAGUGUUUCCGUUCUAUGUUCGGUUUUUUUGAUUUAUCCAAAAAAAAGAGGAAAAUGAAGCAUCAAACUGGGGUGAAUGAAACGCUACAUGAAUGUGCCCUGUGAGUCUUAAAUUCAGCUUUUGGUGAGGGACCAUGAAGGCAGUCGACUUUAUUUGGGGGGAAAAAAUGAAGUAUUGCUCGUACUAUAGAUGUCUGGCUCUGUAAAAGAAUUGUCUGACUCUCUGUGAAGACUUGACAUGACCUCAAGAUGCUUUGUAACUGCCCGCUGUAUGGCCUGCUAUCUUUGUUUGCUGUUAUUUAACUGUGAAAUAAAUGCUUUUUUAAUAUAUGCUGUUAUAUAGUAGUAUAAUAAAGAACCUGUUUUACUUUUCAUUUUGGA